AUGACUCCUGGAGAAUCCGCUCAAGGCUCUGCAGGGACGCCGCCAGCGACCAUAGGCGGGCCAGGGUCGCCGUGGGAAUUCUCCUCAUCGGCGGAAGCAACGCGGACGAGCGGGCACGGUGAGACGACACGGCGAGAUCACGCGGAGCAGGAAGAGGACGCGGCGGUUCAUACUGAGCCCACGGCAGCCCGCCACCAGCACCUACGAAGCCCAUUCCCGCAGGCAGCGGCCGAUCUGAGCGCGCCGGGGAUCCGAAUGGAUUGUGAGGCAGGAGCGCGGAGAGAGGGACGACGGGAGCAGCGCGAGGAGCUGGGGGUGACGCCGACCCCGCACGUGAGCGACGAAGCUCCUUCUCCACGUCAUCAAGCCUAUCCAGAAGACGGCGCUCCAUUGCGGACGGCGCUGGACGCGCUUUUCCCCCGCGACCAUAACCUCCCCGCCGCCCGCGACGCCCCCGACCACUUGCGUCCGAACGCACAGGCGACUGCUGGCGAGACGAGCCCAGCUGACGCUGGCGUUCAGGGGAACGGACCACGCGACGAGGAGAGUCGAGCCGUGGACGCUUCGAGGGACGUGGCGAACGCGGAGGCGAUCGAGGACGGGACGACUGGCGUACGGGCGAACGGUGACGAGAAUGAGGGCGAGCGGGCGAACGGUGGCGGUGUGACCUGCGAUCACGCGAACGACUCCGUGACGCCACGCGACGAGGCGAACGCGGCGACCGCGGGCCAGCGUGAAGACCUUCCCUGCGGCUCUCCCGCCUAUCGCCGCGAAUCACAGAUGAACGUCGGCGAGGGGAAUGCUCCUGGUGCGCCACACCCACUCCGCCGUAGCGCUCGGCGGACGCCGCGUGAGCAGGCUCCGGCUGAGGCAGGGACCGGCCCCCGCGCGAGGUCAGAGCGCGCUGCUGAUCUUCGAAACGACGGCGGAUCCGAUCCGCAGACGCCGGCGGCGCGACAGGCACGCUCGCGGCAGGGCGCGCAGGAGGAAGUGGGCGGGGAGCUGGAUCGCUCUCCGCGGCUCGCCCCAAGGCAGGAGCUUCAAGGGAACUCAUCGGUACGUCGGGAAGAGGGCGCGCGGACACUCAGCGGCCGACAAGUCGGCGGAAGAACAGCAGGCCGCGGAAGGAGAGCUGCGGGACGCGGGGGGAGAGCACGUGGGGGUGGACCGGAAAACGUGUACCAGCAGGCGGGGAGGCGGGCUUUAAACGAGAUGAGCGGUGAUAAUGAAACCUCCACUUCAGACAGUAGCUUUGUAGCAGCCGAGUCCACUGACUCGACUUCCAGCUCUGAGUCCUUGGACGACGAGCAGCUUCAGACUCCUGCUCGAGCGGGCAGAGCAGCAGCAGCAGCAUCUCACAUGGCGGGGGGAGCUGCAGCACCCGAUGACAUUGGUGUCAUCGCUAGGGCAGAGGGGUUGGCACGACGUGGCAGCCUACGACGCGCCGUGAUGGCACUUGAAGCCACGCCAGUCAGCACCCCCUCUCCAACUGUGCUGGAGGCCCUGCGCGCCAAGCACCCACCUGCGCCCGCCUCCCCACCUGACUGGAACUUUCCAGAACCUGACCCUCACCUAUCGGCACCGUUUGCUGUCUUCUCCAAGGUGCUGGGAAGCUGCGAGAUGGGGGUGGGAGCGGGCCCCUCAGGAACAACUUUCGAACACUUACGCGAUGCAGCGCUGAUCAACCACUCCGUUGGGAAACACCUGCACGCGCUAGUCAACACGAUAUUAACAGGAAAAUUACCUCCUGCGGUGGCUGAGCUCCUCACCGCCUCAAGAUUGAUUGCCCUGAGCAAGCCCGAUGGGGGGACGCGACCAAUUGCCAUCGGCGAGAGCAUAACACGCCUGGCAGCUAAGACGGCGCUUACUUUGACUGCAGGGGCCGCUCGUGUAUUCUUCCUACCGCACCAGUUCGGCGUGGCAGUCCCUGGCGGGGCGGAGGCGAUUAUCCACAUCACACGCACGUACCUCACGGUGAACACAGGAGCUUUGGUCCUACAGGCUGAUCUGGCGAACGCAUUUAACAGCGUUAACCGCGACGCCAUCAUCACAUCUCUUCGGGACUCCUCUCUCGCUUCACUUUUACCGUUAGUUAAACUGCUGUACGGCCUUCCUUCGGCUCUAUGUCUGGACGCUGGCUUCUCACACCCACCUCUGCUGAGCGAGACCGGGGUGCGGCAGGGAGAUCCCCUCGGCCCGUUGCUGUUCGCUGCCGCCAUACACCCAGCGCUGACGAAAACGACGCUCAGCUUCCCCUCCGUGGUCUGUCUAGCCUAUGCGGACGACGUAACUUUUCUUGGGGAUGCAGCCAUGUGCGCGGCGGCAUUUGAGGACUUCACAGGAAACCUCGGGGAGAUCGGGCUGCGCCACAACCCAGCCAAGUGCGCGGCCUGGUCUCAGGCUGGCCAGCAGGGAGCAGCGCUUCCAGUGGGCGUACCUUUCACAAAAGAUGGGGUGAAGGUGCUUGGCAGCUUCAUCGGUGGCAGCGACGCAACCGCCGCGUUCCUACGUGCCAGCCUCGACACCAUGGGAGUGCCGCUGCCCUUAAUCGCGCGGAUGGAGCCGCAGCUGGCUUCCCUCCUGCUCUCACGGUGCAUCUCACGGCGGAUCGCUUACGUCGCCCGCACCACGCCGCUUUCGGCCCUGCCAGUCGAGGAGUGGUCAGACUGGGGUAAAAAGCUGUUUGAGACGUUGCUGACUGCCUGCGGCAUUCGCCACCCACGGGGGGAGGCCGAGAUUUCACGUACCUGGGCGCAAGCGUCACUCCCCAUCUCGCUCGGUGGUUUGGGACUCACAGACCCUUCGGUGGAGGGUCGUGUUGGGUUCCUUGCAAGCUACACGCAAGCGCAGCACCUGCUCACCUCCAUUGAUGAGUCGGCCGUCGGCGCCUUGGCGGAAACGCGGGUCCAGAUGAGCGAACAGCGGGAUAGGGGGAUGGAAGUGGGGCAGGGGAAGGGAGGUGGGAUAGGGGGAUGGAAGUGGAACAGGGGAAGGGAGGUGGGAUAG